AUUGCCUCCAGCACCGGUCUGCUCCUCAAAACUACUGGUCUUACGGUCACCAGUAUCAAGAUCGACCCUUACAUCAACAUCGAUGCGGGCACUAUGGCACCUACCGAGUCAGUAUCUUGAGAUCCGGCUUUCUGGUGCUGACCCCGUUUAUUGACAUCACCCAGACACGGUGAGGUCUAUGUCACUGAUGACGGCGGUGAAAUGGACCUUGACCUUGGCAACUACGAGCGCUACCUUCUCACAUCGCUCACUCGGGACCACAACAUCACCACGGGAAAGGUGUAUCAGGAUGUCAUCAACCGCGAGCGCAUCGGCCACUACCUCGGCAAGACCGUCCAGGUCGUGCCCCACAUCACCGACGCUAUCCAGGAGUGGAUCGAGCGCGUUGCCAGGAUUCCCGUGGACGAGUCUCGCGCUGAGCCAGACGUCUGUAUCAUCGAGCUGGGUGGUACCGUUGGAGACAUUGAGAGUGCUCCCUUCAUUCACGCACUGAGCCAGCUCCAGCGCAAGGCUGGCAAGGGCAACUUCGUUCAGAUCCACGUCUCCUACGUGCCUGUCAUCCCUCCGGGACCCGGCGGUGAGCAGAAGACGAAACCUACACAGAGAGCCAUCAGCGAUGUGCGGAGUGCCGGUCUUAGCCCGGAUCUGAUCGCCUGUCGCUGUGAGCAGCCCCUGGAGGCUAGCACGAUCCAGAAGAUCGCCAACAUGUGCUCUGUCGAGCAACAUCAGGUCAUCGCUGUCCACAACGUGACUACAACGUAUCACGUCCCGCUUCUGCUGGAGAAGCAGAAACUUAUCAACACAAUCACCCACAUGCUCGACCUCACGCCGAUUCAACCCACCCCCGAGCGGAUUGAGCGAGGCAGCCGGAUGUGGAAGGACUGGGUCGACCUCGCUCAGGGACAGGAUUUCCUGCACGAGCCAGUGACCAUUGCCCUGGUUGGCAAGUACACCUCUCUUCACGACGCCUACAUCAGUGUGUCCAAGGCCCUCGAGCACGCUGCGAUGUUCUGCCACAAGAAGGUACAGAUCAUCUGGGUGGACUCGUCGCAUCUGGAGGAUGGAACCGCUCCCGCCGACUACCACAAGGCGUGGCACGCCGUCUGCACUGCGGAUGGUGUUUUGGUCCCUGGUGGCUUUGGUAACCGGGGUACCGAGGGUAUGAUGAAGGCGAUCACCUGGGCGCGGACCAACAAGAAGCCCUUCCUGGGAGUCUGUCUGGGUAUGCAGUUGGCAGUUCUGGAAUACUGCCGCAACGUGGUUGGCAUCGAGGACGUGGGCAGUGAGGAACUGCACCCGUCGGCCGAGAACCACGCUAUCGUCUACAUGCCCGAGGUCGACAAGGGCAAGCUUGGCGGCACGAUGCGUCUUGGCAGACACCCCUGUAUCUUCCAGGAGAACACUGAGUGGUCCCGUCUGCGGGGCCUGUACGGUCCCUCCGUCUCCCAGAUUGAGGAGCGCCACCGUCACCGCUAUGAGGUCAACCCUGCCAUGAUCGAACAGAUCGAGAAGGCCGGCCUGACUUUCAUCGGCAAGGACACCAAGGGCGAGCGUAUGGAGAUUGUCGAGAUUAAGGACCACCCUUGGUUCGUCGGCGUGCAGUUCCACCCCGAGUACCUGAGCCGUGUCUUGAGCCCCAGUCGGGCUUUCCUCGGCUUCUUCGCUGCUGCCGCCGGCUGCCUGGACGAGGUGUCCAAGGCUGUCGUUCAGGGCCAGCGCAGCAUUGCUCGCAAGCAAUAGGUGAUAGAGGACGAAGGGGAAGAGAGAAAACUUCUGGUUUACGAAUGGGGAAGCGGUACGACUAGCCUUGCGGGAGUUCCAUUGGGAGGGAUUCUGAUGAUGGCAAUCUUAACUUACUUUGCUUUCUGGGCGUUGAAAAUAUAAACUUGGUAGUUAGAAGGCAGUGUCAAUGCAGU